GACUGGAGAGAAGGUGGGCAGCAGAAAGAAUAGAUCUUGACCAAACCGCUCCCCCUCUCCCCCACACGGCCGUGGGGCGACGCCGACAGCUUCCCUACAAAUCAGGCACCUUGCCGGAGUCGUCGGAGCUGAGAGCUCCUCUACCUCCAUCAGGGCUCCUCCCUCUCCAGAUCCAUUUCCCCCACCGACACCCACCAACCACUGCCUUCUUCUUCGCCGCCGGCCUAUCGAUCGCCCUGCCCCACCGCCGCCGCCGCCAUGCCUCCCGCCGCAUCAUCCGCCGACGCACCGCCUAGCUCCACCCCGGCUCCGUCCACGACCAAGCCGCCGCGCCCGCGGUACCCGCUGGGGCUGGACGCGCUGGUCUCCCCGGCGCGGUCCCUGCUGGCGGCGGGGCGGCGGUCCCCGGUGACGACGCUGGUCUGCUUCAUCGCGCUGCUGGCGCUCAUCAUGUACGGCGAGGACGCGCGCACCGUCGCCGAGCUCUCCAUCGACGACUACCUCUACCCGGACGCCGACGUCUACAACGUCUCCGGCCUUCCCCCCAUCGCGCUCCCCCCGCCCACCUGCAACCUGGCCCGCGGCCGCUGGCUCUUCGACAACGUCACCACGCCGCUCUACCGGGAGCACGAAUGCACGUUCCUCACCAAGCAGGUCACCUGCCUCGAAAAUGGCCGCCCCGACGAUACCUGGCAGUACUGGAAAUGGCAGCCCAACGACUGCUCCCUCCCCACGUUUGAUGCGCGGAGGUUCAUGGAGAGGAUGAGGGGGAAGAGGAUGAUGUUCGUGGGGGACUCGCUGAACAGGAACCAGUGGGAGUCGAUGGUGUGCAUGGUGCAGGGGGUGCUGAGCAAGGGGAGGAAGAAGGUGAUCAAGAGGGGAUCCCUCACCAUCUUCCACGCCAAGGAGUACCGCGCCACGCUCGAGUUCUACUGGGCGCCAUUCCUCGUCGAGUCCAAUUCCGACAACCCCAGGAUCCACAGCAUCGACCACCGGAUCAUCCGGCCCGAGCGGAUCGAGGGGCACGCCAAGUACUGGCGGGGCGUCGACUACCUCAUCUUCAACACCUACAUCUGGUGGAUGAACACCGCCGACAUGAAAGUCCGGAGGCCCGAUUCGAGGUAUUGGUCGGAGCACGACGAGGUGCCGAGGAUCGACGCGUAUGGCCGGGUGCUCAAGACGUGGUCGGACUGGCUGGAGGAGAAUAUCGAUCCGGCGCGGACAUCCGUCUUCUUCAUGACAAUUUCUCCUCUUCACAUCAGCCCAGAUAAAUGGGGAAACCCCAGCGCGAUCAAAUGCUUCAAUGAGACGCUUCCGGUGCUCAACUACACCGAGCCCUUCGACCUCAACCACGACAUGCGGAUGUAUGACCUGGUAGCAAGCACGUCCAGAUCCAUGAAGAAAGUUCCGGUCACGCUGAUCGACAUCACGAGGAUGUCAGAUUACAGGAAGGAUGCACACACAUCCGUGUAUACCAUUCGGCGGGAUCGUUUGCUGACGCCUAAGCAGAGGGCCGAUCCGGAGAAGUUCGCUGACUGCAUCCAUUGGUGCCUUCCGGGUGUACCAGAUGUCUGGAACACGGUACUCUUCACGAGGAUCUUCUCGAAGUCAUCUCCUCCGCCACUCCCCUCUCUCCCUCCCCAAUGAGAGGCAGGUGUUCAGUUUUCACUCAAUAGGAAAUGUACUGUUGUUCCAUCUUUUUUUUUUGGGAUAGUUUGGGUAAAAGUUAGAGAGGAAAAAAAGAGUGAGCUGUUUACUAACAGUGCGCAAAUUGUUCAAUUGAACUGUAAAUUUAGUUUUGACUUAACCAAUUGAGCAGAUAUCAUUGUAGUAAGCAGUUGCACUGGUAUGAAUUCAGAAGUAGGCGCCAUACCUCAAACAGGAUCGUACAAAGGGGCAUUGCUUAUUUUACAAAUAUUGUAACUGCUGGUGCAAAAGCUGUCUGACAACUUUUUUUUUGUUUUGCAUUUUCCUUUUUCGUAUACUGGAGGAGAAUAUAUAACUCCUAGAAAGAAUGGAUGUUUGCAGAGGGAAUGUAAAGUGGACUUUUACUAGAGAGAAAAGAAAAUGAAAGAGGGAGAAACUGAGAUAUAUACCAUCAGCUAUUCUCUUGUGAUUUUA